CCCCAGGCCAGGCCUGGCUGGGACGCUCUGGCCCCCCUAGCAUCCCCGUUCCUCCCCUCCCUGUCCCAGGAGGUACCUGCAUGCCAGGCCCAGCAGUCUCUGGGCCAACUCCGCUCCCACUCCACAGCCUCUGCUGGCCUCAAGGAGGGCUCCUCACACAUAGCCCCUCGACCCAGCCCUCCCUGCAGCACCUGUGGCGCCCUGGGGACAGCUGCUGGCACCUACUUGGGCCGCUGGGGGCGGGCCUCAGCCGCUGAUUAAAGGCCGCCUGGAGCAGCCUGCAGGAGACAGGUGCUCAGCAGCCAAGAAGCCAGCCGGUGCUCACCCCAGCUUUAGACCUCCCUAUCCCCUUGAGCACAUCGCCAUGUCUGAGGCACCCCGGGCUGAGACCUUUGUCUUCAUGGACCUGGAAGCCACCGGGCUUCCGAAUGUGGAUCCUGAGAUUGCUGAGAUAUCCCUGUUUGCCGUCCACCGCUCUUCACUGGAGAACCCACAGCUCGAUGAGGUGGGCACCCCUGUGCUGCCCCGGGUCCUGGACAAGCUCACCCUGUGCAUGAGCCCAGAGCACCCCUUCACUGCCAAGGCCAGCGAGAUCACAGGCCUGAGCAGUGAGGGCCUGGCACAGUGCCGGAAGGCCGGCUUUGAUGGUGCAGUGGUACGGACACUGCAGGCCUUCCUGAGCCGCCAGGAGGGCCCCCUCUGCCUUGUGGCCCAUAACGGCUUCGAUUACGACUUCCCCCUGCUUUGCACAGAGCUGCAACGCCUGGGUGCCCACCUGCCCCCAGACACUGUCUGCCUGGAUACACUGCCCGCACUUCGGGGCCUGGACCGUGCUCACAGCCACGGCACCCGCGCCCAGGGCCGCAAAGGCUAUAGCCUGGGCAGCCUCUUCCGCCGCUAUUUCCAGGCUGAGCCAAGCGCCGCCCACUCGGCUGAGGGCGAUGUGCACACGCUGCUCAUGGUCUUCCUACACCGCGCGGCUGAGCUGCUCACCUGGGCGGAUGAGCAGGCCCGCAGCUGGACCCACAUCGAGCCCAUGUACACCCCACCUGAGGUCCCGAGCCUCGAGGCCUAAGCAGCUGCCUGAAACACGAGAGCCAGCUGCCCACGCCUGGACCAGCUGACAAGCCCUUUGCAACCCCAGCCAGCCUCAAUACUUGACUCACUGGGUGGGUGACACCAAGUGGGUCCCAGUUCACUCGGCAGCCAUGCCCCUUACCUGGCUCUUCUGGCUGGGCCGCCCAGGCUUCCCCGGGUCCUAGAGCCCCACGCCUACCCCAUGCCCACUCCCCUGGCCGACCUGGGUGCUGGAACGUCUUGGCUGUGGCGCUAUGGGGCUCCUGCCUCUCGCCCUGUCUCAAUAAACAUCGCAACCGACACCCGCCUCACUUCCCCACUCUCCAGCAGCACCUCGUUGCUGCCCCCAUUGUAUCCUUGUGGUCAACUCAUGGCAGAGUGAGGAGACCACGGCCUGGGCAGUCCUGAGUCACAGCCACCCCCAGACUUGGGCCCACCAGUGGCUCCCCCAUGUCCUCAAGGUGGGCCCAAGUCUGUGCCCAGGGAGGAGAGGAGAGAGCUGCCUCUGGCUGGAGCACCAGCACACAGCUCCGCCCCAGCUUGUUGGCUCCACCCAGAAGGCCUGGCCCUCCCUGGAAAGCAGUGCAGCGGCCAGCAGCCCCGGGGUGCUCCUGAAAAAGGGAGUCCCCCACACACUCUGCAGGCACACACAUUACAGGGCCCUCAAAGGAGUGUCCCAUCAUACAGGGUGCUAUGGGGGCCUCCAGGCAAACAGAGGAGCAGAAGAGAGAUGGGCGGCUGCACAGGGAGGCCAGACCCAGGCGGGGGUCCACCCUGGGCCUCAUCUCCCUCCCAAGUGGCCCUGGCAGGCCUGGCUGGGCUGAGAGGCUGCUUGGGAGGUGGCAUCUCCUUGCCAGGUGGCUGGGACAGGCCUUCAGGAGCUGGGACUUAGCCCUGGUACCCCGCCCUGAGGUGCUGCCAGCCUCGUGGGAGGCAGACCGGGGAAGGAGGGGGUGGGGUGACCACUCCUGCAGACUGACUCUUGGCAAAGCCCCGAACCAGCUGGGCCCGUUCAGGGAACCCUAAGUAGGUCAAGAUGAUGAGAGCAGCUUAGAUGCGCAGGCUGGCGGAAGGGUGAGGGCCUGGGGCCACCACCCAUGCCAAGCAGGGGAGGGGCACUAUCUGGUUAUGUUUUUAAAUAUCUACCAGUCAGACUAUGUAGACAAUGGGUGGGGUGGCAGCCAAGGGCAGAAUGACAGAGUUGGGGGACAGAUGGGGGGCGCAAUGGCCCGCAGGUGGCUAGUUGGGGAGCUUGGCCAGAGCCCAGCUUCCCGAGGAGGGUUGCUUCAGUCCCCACCCUGGGAGAGUGCCCACCUGGCCAGGGCUGGCUGAGCAGGGAUGGGGCUUCAGGCCAGGACCCUCCACCAGACAGGAGCAGAAAGAGUGGGGGACACUCAAGAAUCAAGACUGCCAGUGCCACUCCAAUCCCUUCCUGCCUGUGUCUCAGUUCCCAGCAGGAACAAGUCUUUCUCAUCUGGCUGGUCAGAUCCAGGGCGGGAGCCUUGGCCAGCAUGUGAGGAGUUUGAAACCUUGGCCUGGCCGCCAAAUCGCUGGGUAGGUGACACCAACUGGGUCCCUUACCCCUUGGCCGCCAGGCUCAGACAGACAGGUGGACGGCCUCAACAGUCGAUCUGUGGCCUUUGGGCCCAGGUGCUGCUCCUCACCACUCCGGGCUCACCUGCCCCAUGGUGGCCUGACCUCUGGCACCUCCCUGAGUCCGUGCUCCAACUGGCCAGGCCAAGCACUUGGGUUCCACUCUGGGCAGACAGGCCGGGGCUUGUCCCACUGCUGAGGAAUGUUUAACACUCGCUUUGCAGGAAAAGAAAUGUGUGUCUUAAGUCAGUCUCUUCUGAGAUAUAAGAGAUUAAACAAGCGAGUAAUAGAAGCGGAGACGGGAAAAGAGAAGCUCAAAGAGACAAGGACUUUCCCUCAGAGUGCACAGAAAAAGAAAGCCUUCCCCUAAAGCCAGCACCCUGAAUUCAGACUUCAAGCCUCUUAGAAUAUGAAAAAAUAAAUUUCUGUUUGUUAAAGCCAUCCACUUGUGGUAGUCCUGUUAUAGCAACACUAGAUAACUAAGACAGUGUGUCUAACAGUUGGCUUGUGAAAUUCCUGAAAAUUUAAGACCUAUUCCCCAAAACCAAACCAACCCAUUGCUGUUGAGUCGAUUCUGACUCACAGCAACCCUACAGGAUAGAGUGGAACUGGCUAAAAUGAAAAGACAGCCCAUACCAAGUGUCGGCAAGAAUAUAUGACUGGUGGGAAAAUAAAAUGGUACCACCACUUGAGAACAGUUUGGCAGUAUCUUUAAAGUUAAACAUAUACCUACCAUAUCAUCCAACUAUCACACGUUUCCAGUCUUUACCCAAGAGAAACGAAUUCAUACGUCCACACAGAGACUCGGAACGGACUGUUCAGGCAGCUUUAUUCGCAUAAUAGCCCCGUGUGGUCCAGUACCCUGCAGACGCCUGCUCAGCCACAAAACGAAGUGAACUGUUGAUACCUGCAACGACCUGGAUGCGUCUCAGAGCAAUUCUGCUGAGUGAAGGGAGCCAGACACAGUAGAGCUGCAAUGUGUCCCUGACCUCCCUGGGCUCGUUCCUGGCUGGCCAGCUGCCUCUCAUCAAGAUGCGUUGCCAACUGACGGGCCACAUCAGGCCACGAGGGGCGUUGGCCAAUGGGGAGGCAGCCGUGAUUAUGAGAGCGUACCUGGGGGACAUAAAUCAACUGGAAAAGGAAUUAUUCAUGGAGAGGGACAGAUAAUAGAAUAAAAAGGCCAUGAGUAUUGCCAGUGUGUCUUUGUGCAGGAGGCGAUGUGACGAGGGCAAAGUCUGAAUCAGGCCGUGUGGAGCUGGAGCAGAAAGCUGGAGAGAUGAAAUGGGCUGCUCCACUUGCCGUUGUCCGGGCGGAAACAGCUGGAGGGUUGCAGGUUUUGUAAGUAAGGCCUGCCCCUGGUAAAGGAUCCAGGCAAUACCGCCAGCCUGCGGAGUUUCAUGGGAAGGCUCCUCCCCUGCAAGCGCUGUCAGCAUCACCGUGACCUGGUUUUCCGGCACCUCAGCCCAUGUACUCGUACAGUACAGUCCCCCACAUACCUCCACCUGCAGCCCCACAUACACACCCCCCACACAUACACCUCCCAUGCGUACGCCCCACCCCCCAAGCACCUCCGCACUCACACACGCACAUACACUCCCUACUCGCACCCAU